CUUCAGGUCAAACUGAACAGCAGAUUGUUUUCACAACCCAGUGCUGAUCACUGGAGCUUAUCUGCAGUAUGUCAGAAGAGCAAGGAAAGGACUCUCAGUCUGAGAUGAGUCUCUCACAGAAACAGAGUGUAAGAUCAGGUUCACAUGUGUUCAGCUCUGUGUCUGUGAAGAGUGACCAGUCAAAAGGUGAACCACCCAUAUUCAGUGAGGAAACACCAGCUACUGAAAGGCUGCAAUGUGAGACAUUAGAUUCAGACUUUCAGAUUAACAGGAACCACACAAAUUUCACAGACAAACUCUCUGGAAUAUUUCAGGAUCUUGAGAAAAAAACUAAUAACAUUUCUAAAGAAUGAGCUGGAAAUGUUUAAGAAAAUAUUACAAAAAGAGAGCACACAUUACUUUGUGAAUAAUUUUAAUGAGAACAGAUGCGGUAUCAAAGAAGCAGCUCUUGAUCUUACACUCUACUUCCUGAGAGAGAUGAAGCAAGAUGAAGCUGCUGAUACUCUAGAAGAUGAGCUGAUAUUCGUUUAUCAGUUAAAAGGUAGCCUAAAGAACAAAUGUCAAUGUGUGUUUGAAGGAAUUGCAAAGCAAGGUGACUCUACACUUCUGAAUAACAUCUACACAGAUCUCUAUAUCACUCAGGGUUGUAGUGAACAGGUCAAUACUGAACAUGAGGUAAGACAGAUUGAAGUUGCUUCCAGACGUCAUGAAUCACAAGAAAUACAGGUUGAAUGCAAACAUUUGUUUGAAGCACCUGAACAAGACAAGCAGAUCAGAACUGUACUGACAAAAGGAGUUGCUGGCAUCGGAAAAUCAGUCUCUGUGCAAAAGUUUGUUCUGGAUUGGGCUGAAGGAAAAGAAAAUCAAGAUAUCAGCUUCAUAUUUCCUCUUCCAUUCAGAGAGAUGAACUUAAAGGAAAAAGAAAAACAAAGUUUGAUGGACUUUAUAACUCAGUUUUUCCCAGAGACAAAAGGACUAAACCUUACAAGAAGGAACCAAAAAGUCCUGUUCAUUCUUGAUGGUUUGGAUGAAUUUCGUCUUCCUCUAAACUUUGAUGGUAAUGAUGUGUGGUCUGAUAUUUCAUCACCAGCAUCUCUGGAUGUUCUCCUAACAAACCUCAUCAAGGGAAAUCUGCUUCCUUCUGCUCUCAUCUGGAUCACCACCAGACCAGCAGCUGCCAGUAAGAUUCCUCCUGACUGUAUCAACCGGCUGACAGAGAUACGAGGAUUUAGUGAUGUGCAAAAGGAGGAGUACUUCAGAAAAAGAAUCACAGACGAAAAUCUGGCCAACAAAAUUACUGCCCAUGUCAAACAAUCAAAGAGUCUCUUUAUCAUGUGCCACAUCCCAGUCUUCUGUUGGAUUUCAGCCACUGUUCUCCAGAACAUUUUAGAGGCAAAAAGAAAUAAUAUUGUGAAAAAUAAUAAGGCUGAUGACACCUCCAAAACACUGCAGGAGUCAAAUACUGAAGACACUCCUAAGACUCUGACACAAAUGUACACACACUUUCUCAGAUUUCAGAUCCAGCAGAGCAGACGAAAGUAUGAUGGAAAAUAUACACCAGAUGUUUCCUGGGAUAAAGAUGCCAUAUUUUCACUGGGAAAACUGGCAUUUCAUCAGCUGGAAAGAAACAAUGUAAUCUUCUAUGACACAGAUCUGGAAGCCUGUGGUAUUGAUGUCUAUAAGGCAUCAGUGUAUUCAGGCAUGUGUACCCAGAUCUUUAAGGAGGAAACGGGGAUCAUUCUUGGUACCAUGUACUGCUUUGUUCACUUGAGCAUUCAAGAGUUUAUUGCAGCGUUUUAUGCGCAUCUGUUUCUAGACAUAAAGAAGAGAAGUAUAUUUGUUCAUGAGUCUACAGAACAGGAAAACAAAAGUGAAACUAUGAUUGAUUUGCUGAAGACUGCAGUGGACAAGGCACUAGAGAGUGAUAAUGGACACCUGGAUCUUUUUCUUCGAUUCCUCCUUGGUUUCUCACUCCAGUCCAAUCAGCGACUCUUACAGGGUCUGUUGACACAGCAAAAUGGAAAUGACCAGGUCAAAAAGGAAAUAGUUCAGUACAUCAAGCAGAAAUUUGAAGCUAAUCUGUCUCCAGAGAGAUCCAUCAAUCUGUUCUACUGUCUGAAUGAACUGAAUGACCAAACUCUGGUAGAAGACAUUCAGACCCACCUUAGCAAAGGAAGUCUCUCAUCUGCUGAUCUUUCUCCUGCCCAGUGGUCUGCUUUGGCCUUUGUGUUGUUGACAUCAGAGAAGGAGCUGGAGGAGUUUGAGCUUCAGAAAUUCAAGAAAUCAGAUGAGUGUCUCAUUAGAUUAUUGGCAGUCAUCAAAACCUCCAAAAGAGCUCUGCUAAAUGAUUGUGGCUUAACAGACAAAAGCUGUUCAGCUCUGGCUACAGUUCUUGGAUCAGGUACCAGUCUGAAAGAGCUGAACACGAGCAAAAAUAAUCUACAGGAUUCAGGAGUGAAGCUGCUCUGCACUGGACUGAAAAAUAUGAAGUGCCAUUUGGAGAUACUGAGGCUUUCAAACUGCAGUAUCACUGAAGAAGGUUAUAAAGCUCUGGCUUCAGCUCUGAGAUCAAACCCUUCACACCUGAUAGAGCUGGAUCUCACAGGAAAUGAUCCUGGACAAUCAGGAGUGAAGGAGCUCAAUGAUUUACUACAGGAUCCAAACUGUCAACUCAAGACACUGAGGUUUUUGGGACCUGCUGCAGAUGAAGCCUUUCAGUAUGUGACUAGAAUUGUGGGUAAAAACCCAUUACUCCUGAGAGAGAUGAAUCUGAGUGAACAUGAACUAGGAGACACACGAGUGAAUCAGAUCGCUGCUCUACUGCAGGAUAAACACUGUCAGCUCAACACACUUGUUCUGUGUGGAUGCAGUAUUACAGAGAAACAGUGUUUCAUCCUGACUUCAGCUCUGAAAUCAAACCCAUCACACCUGAGAGAACUGAACCUGAACUGGAAUGAACUAGGAGACUGUGGAGUGAAAAACCUCAGUGAUCUGCUGAUGAACACACAAUUCAAGCUGGAGAAAAUACAGUUAGUAUCAUUAUACUGUACAGCAGUGACAGUGUAGUUUGAAGUU